UUCAUUUCUCCCUCUUGUCUUUGUUUGGUCCUCCCUUUCUCUCUCUCUCUCUCUCUAAAUUUUCAAAAAGUUAAACUGUUGAAUUUCCGGCCUUCCGCCGGAAUCUUGAUACAUAUAUAGACAGAAGAACAUUCGUAAUUCCAUAUACACCGCUACUCGUAUGCACAAUUUCUCUCAAAACCUAGGGUUUUGUCUCUCUCCGUGGCUUGAAUCUUGAUCUCUACCGUGUCUUGUGCUCUAUCGAUCUGAAUUCUGUAAUUACGUAGUUUGAUACAUAUACACCGUCGUGGUUUGGUGAUUGGCGGAUCGAUGGACGGGAUCGCGGAACUGGCGCAGCUUUCCGAUUCGAUGCGGCAGGCAGCGGCGCUGCUUGCCGACGAAGACAUCGACGAGAACUCUCCAUCGUCAUCGUCGAGGCGGCAGCCCACUUUCCUCAACGUUGUUGCGCUCGGCACCACUGGUGCUGGAAAAUCAGCUGUUUUGAACAGUCUAAUUGGUCAUCCUGCUCUCCCAACUGGUGAAGGUGGUGCUACUCGUGCUCCAAUAUGCAUUGAUUUAACAAGGGAUAGUUCUUUAAGUAGCAAAUCAAUUAUUUUGCAGAUUGAUAGUAAGAAUCAGCAGGUUUCUGCAAGCGCUCUUCGGCAUUCCUUACAGGAUAGACUAAGCAAAAGUUCGGGGAAAAGUCGUGAUGAGAUAUGUUUGAAACUCCGGACAAGCACGGCUCCUCCAUUGAAGUUGAUUGAUUUGCCUGGAGUUGAUAAAGGAAGUUUUGAUGACUCUUUGAGUGAGUAUGUAGAGCACAAUGAUGCAAUAUUGCUAGUUGUAAUACCUGCUUCCCAGGCAGCAGAAGUUUCCUCAUAUAAAGGCCUCAGAAUUGCAAAGGAAUAUGAUGGAGAAAGUACCAGAACUAUUGGUGUUAUUAGUAAAAUAGAUCAAGCAGCUACAGAGCCCAAAACCCUUGCAGCUGUUCAAGCUCUUCUUUUGGGUCAGGGGCCACGAAGUACAUCUGAUAUUCCAUGGGUUGCUUUGAUUGGUCAAACGGUUUCAAUAUCUUCUGCCCAGUCAGGAAAUGUUUGGUCUGAAAACUCUUUGGAAACAGCUUGGAAAGCUGAGAGUGAAAGUCUAAAAUCUAUAUUGACUGGAGCCCCUCAAAGUAAGCUUGGUCGGUUAGCUUUAGUGGAUACCCUCGUUCACCAGAUUCGUAACCGUAUGAAAGUCAGGCUUCCAAAUCUCCUUUCAGGGCUUCAAGGAAAGUCUCAAAUACUGCAAGAUGAAUUAGUAAGGCUUGGUGAACAAAUGGUUCAUAGUGCCGAAGGUACACGAGCUUUAGCAUUGGAGCUUUGUCGGGAAUUUGAGGAUAAGUUUCUCCAACAUAUUACAACUGGUGAGGGUAGUGGCUGGAAAGUUGUUGCUAGUUUUGAGGGAAACUUCCCUAACAGGAUUAAACAGCUUCCUUUAGACAGACAUUUUGACCUAAACAAUGUCAAAAGGAUUGUGCUUGAAGCAGAUGGUUAUCAACCAUAUCUUAUAUCCCCAGAGAAAGGAUUGCGGUCUUUAAUAAAAGGUGUUCUAGAGCUUGCAAAAGAACCUGCACGGCUUUGUGUUGAUGAGGUACACCGUGUACUUGUGGACAUAGUUUCAGCAGCUGCAAAUGGAACACGUGGUCUUGGACGAUAUCCUCCUUUUAAGAGAGAGGUUGUUGCAAUUGCAACUGCUGCACUGGAAGGAUUUAAGAGUGAAUCAAAGAAAAUGGUGGUUGCACUUGUUGAUAUGGAGCGUGCAUUUGUUCCCCCACAACACUUCAUCCGUUUGGUGCAGAGGCGGAUGGAUAGGCAGCGACGAGAUGACGAGCUUAAAAACCGUUCAUCUAAGAAGGGACCUGACGCGGAGCAGUCCAUAUUAAAUAGGGCUACUAGUCCUCAAGCAGGAGGCCAGCAAACUGGGGGUAGCUUAAAAUCAAUGAAGGAUAAAUCUGGUCAGGAUAAGGAUGUACAAGAGGCAUCAGGCUUGAAGACUGCAGGGGCUGAUGGAGAGAUCACAGCAGGUUUCCUAUUAAAGAAGAGUGCAAAAAAGAAUGGGUGGAGUAGACGAUGGUUUGUUUUAAAUGAAAAAACUGGAAAGCUUGGAUACCUAAAAAAACAGGAAGAAAGACAUUUCCAUGGUGUUAUCACGUUGGAGGAAUGUAAUAUUGAAGAAGUUUCCGAUGAAGAUGAACCCCCUCCAAAAAGUUCCAAAGACAAAAACAAAAAAGCGAAUGGACCCAAUUCUGCAAAACCGCCGAGUCUUGUUUUCAAGAUUACAAGCAAAGUUCCAUAUAAAACUGUUGUUAAAGCUCAUAGCGCUGUUUUGUUGAAGGCUGAGAGCAUGGCAGAUAAGGUUGAGUGGUUAAACAAGUUAGGGAAUGCUGUCCCUUCCUCAAAAGGUCAACUGAAGAGUGAAUCUGGUCUUCCAAUGCGACAAAGCCUUUCUGAUGGUUCACUUGAUACGAUGACAAGAAGACCUGCUGAUCCAGAGGAAGAACUUAGAUGGAUGGCCCAAGAAGUUCGUGGAUAUGUUGAAGCUGUUUUGAACAGCCUUGCUGCUAAUGUUCCAAAGGCAGUGGUUUUUUGCCAAGUGGAGAAAGCCAAGGAAGACAUGCUCAAUAAAUUGUAUAGUUCAGUCAGUGCACAAAGUUCAGGAAAGAUUGAAGAGUUGCUCCAGGAGGACCAAAACGUAAAGCACAGGAGGGAGCGUUAUCAGAAACAGUCAUCUCUUCUUUCAAAGCUCACUAGACAACUUAGUAUUCAUGACAAUCGGGCAGCUGCAGCCUCUGGUGUGUUCGAUGGUGGUGCAUCAGCCGAAAGCAGUCCAAGAACCAGUGGACCAGGUGAUGAUUGGAGAUCAGCGUUUGAUGCGGCGGCCAAUGGCCCUGUUGACUCCUCGUACGGAUCCAAUGGUCACAGUCGUCGUUACAACGACUCUACCACGCAAAAUGGGGACAUAAGCUCAAGCUCGAGAUCUGGCCGCCGCACGCCUAACCGGUUGCCUCCAGCACCGCCAGGUGGUUCUUCAUACAGGUAUUAGAUAGGUAAAGAGUUUUGAGGAGGAAGAAUUUAAUUCAUACAAUUGUUGGCGAGUGUUUCCUCGUGGUGGCCGCGUAAAAUCAUUUCAUUUGGUGUUAUAUAGUGUAGUAAUAGGUUUUGAGGAAUUGGAAAUAUGCGCCUGUGUACAUAGAUUGCAGUUCCCUUUCAAAAAUCUUCUCUCAUGUUCACAGCUGCUGGACUUUGAGGUGUACCUACUUUGUAUUCAUUCUGUUUCUUCUUUCUCUCUCUAUCUGGGUCCCGUAUUUUUCUAGUCUUAUGGGGUGGGGUUGGUUGCUGCGGAUGUAAUUAUUCUAUUAAACAUAAACUAGAAAUUAUUUUUUCCUCUUGCCUUAUAUUUUUGGGUUGGGGGAAUGUCUUCUCGACGCUCGAUCUGGGCUGUUGACUGUUGUGCAUUUUGUAUAUGGAAAAGUAGUUCUGAUUAAUUUUCUUGUGUUUA